GAGAAGAAAAGGUCAAAGCUCCAUCUAAAUCUGCAUUGUUUGAUGACGAGGAUGAUGAGGGGGAUUUGUUUGGAUCAGGUUCAGCAGCAAAACCACCAGAGGAGAAAAAGAAACCAGAGAAAAAGCUACCAGCGGGGGCUGUCUCCAUGUUUGGUAGUGGACCUAACCCACUAGCUGCUGCUCUGAAGAAACAGCGUCCAGCCUCUGAUGAUGAAGACAGCGAUGCCUCAGCUGGACACAAGUCCCGUAGCAGCAGCAUUAAAUCUAGCCAAUCACAGUCCUCUUUGUCUUCACGACAAGUUGAUAAAGUGAAGAAAGAUGGCCGGAGUUCUUCCAACAAUAGUCUGUUUGAUGAGGAUGCUGAUGACAGUUUAUUCAGUAGUCCUCCUAAACCAAGAGCAGACAGGUGAGUUUUCUACUUCUGU